AGUGAGCGAGAGAAGCAGGAACAAAUUGAGGUCCAGAAGGAGAAGCAGAGGGAGCUGAUCCUGCAGCUCAAGACACAGCUGGAUGACCUGGAGACAUUUGCUUACCAGGAGGGUAGCUAUGAUUCUCUGCCGCAGUCUGUGGUUAUGGAAAGACAACGGAUGAUUAUAAAUGAGUUGAUAAAGAAGCUGGACAUGGACUUGAGUGAAGAUAUUGCAACGCUCUCUCCAGAGGAAUUGCGACAGCGCGUGGAUGCUGCCAUAGCACAGAUUGUGAAUCCAGCCAGGGUGAAGGAGCAGCUGGUGGAACAACUGAAGACGCAGAUACGGGACCUGGAAAUGUUCAUCAACUUCAUUCAGGAUGAAGUUGGAAGUUCUGGUAAGGUGGAAGAUGGACACUGUGAAUGCGCAGGCAGAAAAGAUGGUGGUGGCUCCUACAAACCAAAUGCACGGCCUUCUGGAAAUAGAGUGAACCCAGAAGACGCCAGGAAGAUGCGAGAAACGGGCCUGCACCUCAUGCGUCGCAUGCUUGCUGUGCUACAGAUAUUUGCUGUCAGUCAGUUUGGUUGUGCUACUGGUCAGAUUCCUCGCACCCUCUGGCAGAAGGACCAAGCCAACAAGGACUAUUCCCCCUUAAUUAAGAAACUGGAGUUGUCGGUGGAGCGGGUGAGGCAGCUAGCUAUGAAACACCAGCAGGAAGACCACGUUAUCAGUUCCUCCAGUCUGCAGGACAUUCCCUUAGGCGGCAGAGAUGAGCUGACUCUAGCUGUGCGGAAGGAGUUGACCAUUGCUUUGCGAGACCUGAUGGCUCACGGGCUCUACGCCUCAUCUCAAGGAAUGAGCCUGGUAUUGGCACCCAUCGCGUGCUUGAUUCCUGCGUUCACCUCAUCCCCGCAGACCAUGCACCCCUGGGAACUCUUUGUGAAGUAUUACAACACUAAGAACGGACAAGCCUUCGUGGAAUCCCCGGCUCGCAAGCUCUCCCAGUCCUUUGCCUUGCCUGUGACAGGAGGAGUGGCCGUUACCCCCAAACAGAGCCUGCUGACAGCGAUUCACACUGUCCUCACGGAGCACGACCCCUUCAAGCGCAGCGCAGACUCUGAACUGAAAGCUCUGGUGUGUAUGGCACUAAAUGAGCAGCGUCUGGUCUCCUGGGUAAAUCUUAUCUGCAAAUCUGGAGCUCUGGUACAAUCCCACUACCAGCCAUGGAGCUACAUGGCAAACACAGGCUUUGAGAGCGCACUCAACGUUCUCAGUCGCCUGAGCAACUUGAAAUUCAACCUCCCAGUUGACCUGGCUGUCCGGCAGCUGAAAAACAUCAAGGAUGCUUUUUGAUGUAUUUUUAUUGUGGAUCAUCCAUUUUCAACAAGUAGGCAGCUGUUGGGCUCAAGAAGCCUGGCUUUUUUAAGACCAAGUUUGGCUCUUUAAAAUUGGUAUCUGCUUUUAGGGAAACGUUACGGUGUCUUGA